AGGAGGACGAGGAGGAGGACGAGGAGGAGGACGGUCCUGCUGUCACAGAUGGAAAUACAUGAGCAGGAUCGAGGAGGACACAUAAUCCUAUUUAUUUUGUCCUGCCAGGCACAGACGAGCAUCGGAUACCGCGAUACGAGGACAAAAAUGACGUGAAAUGCACCCGUUUUUUUUAGAUGACGCGUCUACUAUGGAAACUUUAGAUACCGGUAGAGUAUAUUAUUUCUAUACGUGUACUACAUGAACGGGAUUUAAAACCUCGAAACUGUGAGUUUUUGUCUCAAUGGGCAAACGACGUGAUCGUGUUUUUUUUUUCUGGUUAGAAGCAACAGCUUGUACGAUGUGCAGGACACGAAACAAAGAUGUUACUGAGACGGCACGCAUGCGCACUCUGAGCCUCGCCCAGACCCUAGCUCCAGUGGCCCCCAGCUGUUGCUCACCAUCCUAACAUCUGGUCAGCUUCUCAAACAAACACCUUCUCAGUCCCGCCUCUCACCCUGAAGCCAGAAUGCCGAUCAUCAGCAACGCCAACCAUGACUUCAGCACCUACUCCAUCAGCAGCGACGACAGUAGCCUUGACCGAUUCUUCACGGAAAUCCCCGAGACCGAGACCAUCAAGGGCGUAUAUUUUAAGCGGGCCCAACUACUACGCGACCCCAAGGCGUCAUAUGUCGUCGAUCACACCCUUCAGGUUCUCAUCAAUGUCGGGGGAAACCGGUACACCUUCCCCUGGAGCACCUUGGAGCAAUUUCCGCAGAGUCGCCUGGGACGCCUGCGCUUCUGCACCACGCCAGAGGAAAUCGCACACCUCUGCGACGACUACGACGAAACGCGCAAGGAAUACUUCUUUGACCGCAACCCGACCGCUUUCCGAGUCAUUCUCAACUUCCUGGCAGCGGGGAAGCUGCGUCUGUUACGGGAACUGUGCGCCGUGUCCCUGCACGACGAGCUGGACUAUUGGGGCGUGGAUCCGGGUCACAUGGAGCGGUGCUGCCGCCGUCGCAUGAUCACGCGCGUGGACGAGGUGGCCGAGCGAGACCGCAAGGAAGAGGAAUGGAGACAGAAGAGGAUGCCGCUCAAGAAAAGCCCAGCAGAGGUUGAGCGAGGCUAUCGGAAACUGAUCUGGAUGCUGAGAGAAGUGGUGGAGAACCCUCAGUCGGGGUUGGCGGGGAAGAUAUUUGCCUGCCUCUCCGUCAUCAUGGUGCUGGUCACCGUGGUCAGCCUCUGUAUCAGCACCAUGCCAGACCUCAGGGAUGAAGAAACUCGGGGCGAGUGCUCCCAGAAGUGUCGCAGCAUGUUUGUGGUGGAGUCCAUCUGCGUGGCCUGGUUCACUUUAGAGUUUGUGCUUCGUUUUCUAAACGCCCAGAGCAAGCUCGCCUUCGCUCGCGGUCCGCUCAACAUCAUCGACGCGAUCGCCAUCCUGCCGUACUACGUGUCGCUGGUGGUGGACGUCAGAGAUGAGUCCCGGGAGGAAGUGGUCACGGGAGCCGGCAGAGGAUACCUGGACAAAUUGAGUCUGAUUCUACGCCUGCUGCGGGCGCUUCGCAUCCUGUACGUGAUGCGACUGGCUCGCCACUCGCUGGGCUUGCAGACACUGGGACUGACCAUGCAGCGCAGCAUGAGGGAGUUUGGCCUCCUGCUGCUGUUCGUGUGCGUGGCCGUCACGCUCUACUCCCCCUUGGUGCACCUCGCCGAGAGCGAACUUGCGCCUCACGCCGCCGCUCACCCGCAACACGGCUUCAGCAGCAUCCCGGCCACUUACUGGUGGGCAAUCAUCUCUAUGACAACCGUUGGCUACGGAGACAUGAUUCCGCGCAGCAUCCCCGGACAGAUGGUGGCGUUGACUAGCAUCCUGAGUGGAAUACUCAUUAUGGCGUUCCCGGCGACGUCCAUCUUCCAUACUUUUUCUCGCUCCUAUCAGGAGCUGAAGCAGGACUACGAUAGGCUUUCAAAGGAGGAGAGAGGCGAGGAAAUGGCGGACGAGUCAGAGCAGACGGGCUUCAAAUCUGUUGAGCUGACAUCUCUAGGCGGGGAUCAUCGCUUUGAUGGAGUGACAGAUAAGGAUAAUAAUUCCGCUCUUCCGUGUUCAGCUUUCUAACGGAAAAGUAGUCCAGGAAGUGUACAAUUUUAACUUAGGAAGUUAUCAGAAAACAACAUCAUACCAACAGUAAAAUAUGGUGGUGGUAGUGUAAUGGUGUGGGGUUGUUUUGCUGUGAUAUGACCUUUAAAAGGCACUUUUUAAAAAUUUUAACUAACUUAUGAAAUUAUCAGAAAACAACAUCAUACCAAAAGUAAAAUAUGGUGGUGGUAGUGUGAUGGUGUGGGGUUGUUUUGUUUUUUGUUUUUUUUUCUACAGAAAACACAUCUCAUUCACGCUACAUUGUUUAUCAUUCAUAAAUAUGUGCUAACACAGUUCAAAUGUACAGUAUACACACCAGAUCUAGAUGUUUAGUUGAGAUAGCUUAGCAUAUGUCGACCUACACUGCGUUGAUUUAGCAUCUUUUGUGUACAAAAGUGGUGGUUAAGCGCCCCCCCCCCCCCACAUGCUUUCAUUAUUAUUAUGGAAAACACUUUUCACUGUCCUGCCCUUGUGUAUCAAAUUGGAAUUAUGACAUCCAACUUUUUAUAAAUACAAACUCCUUAUUUUAUAAUAUUUUGACUUUAUGUCGGAGUAAUGGCAAUAUAUAUGUAUAUAUAUAUAUAUAUGUAUAAGGAGCACUAAUGCCGUCAAAAUUUCUAUUUUUGUCCUAUUUUAUGGCCUGUGAGUUUGAUGUUCUCUUCUGAUUUCAGAUCAACCUUUGCAAUAAAAGUGACUGUUGUGAUUAUUAGAUUAGCGUCAGCUUAAUUGCAUUUUUUUUUAA